GCCCUUUGGGGGAGGCUGCCUCAGCCCUGGGACCUGCUGAGGGCUCCCUGAGACUGAGAGCUGCAGAGGAGCUUGCAGCCCAGACACUGCUCGGAGACUCCAGUCUAUUCUGUCACUUGCUGUCAGGCUGUAUUCUGGGAGAAGGUGGAAGGAAGGAGAGAGACCUGGGAGCAGCAGAGCAAGCUAUCCUGGCAACCGAACCCUUGGAAUUUAGCUCUUCUCAAAGCCUCCCUUCUGGGUCUAUUGAUGCUGGACCAGGAAGGUUUGGAGGAACAGGAGGUGAAGGCUGCCAGGCCUGUGGCUUCAAGUGACAGGCCUCAAUGUACUCGGAGAUCCAGAGGGAGAGGGCAGACAUUGGGGGACUCAUGGCUCGGCCAGAGUAUAGAGAGUGGACUCCAGAGCUCAUCAAACCCAAGAAGCUGCUGAACCCUGUGAAGGCCUCCCGAAGCCACCAGGAGCUACACCGGGAGCUGCUCAUGAACCACAGAAGGGGCCUGGGUGUGGACAGCAAGCCUGAGCUGCAGCGGGUCCUGGAGCACCGUCGCCGGAAUCAGCUGAUCAAGAAGAAGGAGGAGGAGCUGGAAGCCAAGCGGCUUCAGUGCCCCUUCAAGCAGGAGCUGCUGAGAAGGCAGCAGAGACUCAACCAGCUGGAAAACCCACCACAGAGAGAAGAGGACCACGCCCCUGAGUUCAUCAAAGUCCGGGAAAACCUGCGCAGAAUCACCACGGAGGAGAGAGCACUGUAGAGUCCCUCCACUCAGCUCCUGCCACUCACUCUGGCCCAGACCUCCUCCAGCCCUCCUGAACCAGAAGGCCCUGGCACAUGGUGAUGCGAGCAAGGCAGACCUGAGAGGCUGGCUGUCCCUGGGAAGCUGGGGACCUCGCAGCCCAUAGGAAAGUCUCUGUACGGACUUUUCCUUCAGAGCACCUAGCCUCCCCGUGCUAAGAGGCAGUCACUGCCAGGAAAGACUUGCCCAAGGUGCCCUCCCUGAUCCGACUCAGCGAGUAAGCUUCCUUAGCGGAAGUGGGAAAGAGGGCCAAGUGUCCCUCCAUUUUGCCUUAGCUUUCCUAACAAGAAUGUCUUGGAAACCACAGAGCAAAGAAGGGAUCUGUCUGUGGCAAGGAAGGGGUGGGAGGCCACAGCAGGCUGUGGCCAGGUGGGAGAAGUCCUAACCAAGGCAGCUUCGGGCCUUGCAGGCUUGCCUCAUGCUUCAGCCUUUUUCCUCCUCUCCUGCCCUCCCUGAAUUGCUGACCACAUCUCACCUCAGUGCUCCAGCUUCCAGCUUAGAACAGGGCAUUGCCAACUUUACUGUACAUACAAAUCAGAGUCCUGUAAACGGUCCCUGGAAGCUACAGGUCUAACACUCUCCCAGGGGAAAGCCCAGGACACUGGUUUGAGUAGAUAGCUAGGCUGCAGCACCCAGGAGUGGAACAUUUUAGAAAUAUCCAACUCUCUUGGCUCCCUGGCCUGGAGGUCCCCAGUGCCAUCUCUAAAGCCCCCAAAAUUCUUCACUCACUAUCCAUACCGCGCGCGCGCACACACACACACACACACACACACACACACACACACACACACACACAAAUCACUGGCCUAGAAAACUCUAGCCUAGCAAAUCCAAAUGUUCUUGUGAUUGUAACUGCCAAUCUUUGGUCUUUACUGGUGUAACCACAAUACAAUUCUAGCCAAAAUAUAAAAUUAAAAAAAAAAAAAAACAGCUUUUUGGAAAA